AGCGUCGAGACUCCCGCGGUCCGAGAAGUAGCGGCAAUUGGGAUCCCCGGCCCGGCCGCAGGCACCCGCCGCCUCCUCCCCUCGGUCCUUGCUGCCUCCGCCCCGCCCGCCCUCCUCUUCCCUCCUUUCCUACCGCUCUUUGUCUCCGGGGCGCCCGGCCUCCCCACAAGCGCCCCCCCUCAUCGCCUUAUCCCGGGCGACGCGACCCCCCACGGACCUAGCCACUGCGACGCUGCACAAAUCAGCCGGUGGCGCGAGGGUCCGCGACCUCCGGGGCUUGGCGGGGGCGGGGCAGGAGGUGACUCUCAGGCGCUCUCUCUCUCUCUCUCUCUCUCUCUCUCUCUCUCUCUCUCACACACACACACACACACACACACACACACACACACACACACACGUACACGCACGCACACACGGAGCAUCCUCCCGUCAGGUUUCCCGGUCCAGCCCCGCCCGCACCUCCUGCUUCCCGCAGACCUUCUCCCUGCAUCCCUACACACCUCGCCUCUCCAUUCUUUCCGGCUCCGGGACUUUCCCCACCGAUCCCCCACAACACCCUGGGAUGGAGCGACUCCAGCCAGCCCGGAGCCCCCCGCGACCGGGGUGAAAGUCCUUCGCCCCUCUCCUGCCCGGCACUUGCCCCGAACACCAUGGGCCUGAGGGGUUCCCGGGGCGCCGGACGCUGAAAAUGACGGAUGCUGGAGCUCUCUUGAGUCAUGGCUUCCUCAAAGCUCCGAGAACCUGUGGAUGAAGUUUUUGACCUGGAUUUGGCUGUACCAGAGACCACCAGACUGGACAGCAGCUUACACAAAGCCAGGGCUCAGCUGCUGGCCAAGGGCCGGAGACACCGGCCUUCCCGCUCCAGGCUACGUGACAGUGCCAGCUCUGCUGAGGACGGUGAAGGCUCUGAUGGGCCCGGAGGCAAGGUGACCGACGGCUGCGGAAGCCCACUGCACCGGCUGCGCUCGCCUCUGCACUCGGGUCCAGGCUCCCCAGCCGUUGGCUCUUUCUGCCUGGAGCCCCCGGGCUUGAGGCGCAGUCUGGAUGAGGACGAGCCGCCACCCUCGCCACUCACUCGAUACCGGCCCCUGCACAACGCCGCCUCGCAUGAGGGUCUGGCCGCCACCUCUGGCUCGCCACCGCGCUCUGCACCCUCCUCCGACAGCUCCCCCAGCUUCGUGCGUCGCUACCCUCGAGCAGAGCCGCACAGCGAAGAUGACAGCCGGGAUGCCAGCCCCCCUGAGCCUGCCAGCCCCACCAUUGGCUUGGAUAAGAAGACUCGCAGGAAAUUCCUGGACCUGGGGGUCACUCUCCGCCGAGCGUCCACUGGCAAGAGCCGGAAGGAGAAGGGUAGCAACCGCCUGUCCAUGGGCAGCAGGGAGUCUGUAGAAGGCUCUGGAAGGACAGGGAGCUCCCCAUUCCUGCCCUUUUCCUGGUUCACAGACAGCGGCAAGGGUUCUGCUUCCUCGGGGAGUACCACCUCCCCAACCUGUUCCCCAAAACACGAGGGCUUGAGCCCCAAGAAGUCAGCUUCCCAGGAAUCUACCCUGAGCGAUGACUCCACACCUCCCAGCAGCAGCCCCAAGAUCCCAGGUGGUCCUCGACAGGAGACCAAGUGCUCCUAUCCCUACCACACGCUGUCCCAGUCUUCAGAUGAGUUCCUGGAUGAGUCCCUCCCUGCCGUACAACACUGGACCAGCCAGCAGGUGGGCCAGUGGCUGCACAGCCUCAACCUGGAACAGUAUGCUGCUGAGUUUGCUGCCCGGCAGGUGGAUGGGCCGCAGCUCCUGCAGCUGGACGGAAGCAAACUGAAGAGCCUGGGGCUUAGCAAUUCGCAUGACCGGGCACUGGUGAAGCGGAAGUUGAAGGAGCUGGCAGCGGCUGCUGAGAAGGAACGGAAGGCGCAGGAGAAGACCGCACGGCAGCGGGAGAAGCUUCGGCGCCGUGAGCACGAGGCCAAGAAGAGCUAGGGAUGGCUGGCUGGCGGGGCUGGCACCCCGGCACACUUGGAGCCACCUGCAUGGGCCUCAUCAGGGAGGCAGGGUCUAGGCACCAGGCUCUUGGAGGACAUGGCCCCCUCUCACCCUGUUUGGACUGAGACCUCUAGAGGGAGACCCCAGGGGGAGGGCUCAGUAAUAAACCCAAUUUCCAGGACUUGUUUGGCGCAGACUUCCGGGAGAAGCAGGUGGCAGAUGAAGAGGGCAGAGGCCAGGAACUCAGCAAACAUGUGGAGCCCAGAGGAGCCUGGUUCAGGCUGAACCUGCGCCCUCUGACUAGAGUGGUACUGAGCAGGAAGUGAUCUAGCAGGAGAGGCCCUACCAUAGCCAGGAUUCCUAGGCUUAGAGAGUAGCCUAGGCAACCGGACUGGAGACAGGAGACAGCUGUGUCUCCUCAGCUCUUGAAAGUGGCUGUAUAGUGGGAGAACAGCUCUCUCCAGAGAGGCCAGUGGGCUCUGCCAGUAGCACUCAGGGUGGAUUCCUAGACACCUCCUCAGAGGAGAGAGGAGUGAGCAGGGAGGGUAAGCUGGCCUCUGUAAGGACAGAGAGGGGGAAGGAAGCUUUCUCUCUCUCUCUCCCCUUCUCUCCCCUGCAAGUUCCAGCGCACAGGUCCGCUCCUCUCCCAUUGGGUCAGGACUUUGACCCUUUUGCAGAGCUAGAAUCUACUUCUUCAGUGAGUACUUGAGCCUUUGAGGGCAGAAAAAAAAUUGAGAGCUGUUGGGGACACAGGAUAUUCCCCCACUAGUGCCUAGGUGGUGAAGAGGCACGAUCUAAGGUGGCCUACAUGUUGCUGGAUUGAAAGGGUCGUCAGCUUCCCAGGUGCCCUGGGUGUGUCAAGGCCUCAGUGAGCCCAGAGUGGACAAACACUGCUGGCUUAGGUUCGCUAGGCUACAGAUGGGGACUGGGCCAGCCCUGGGUGGGACUGGCACAAGUCCUUUGUAGGACGUAUUCAGAGAUAGAGGGUCCAGGUGCCACGCUGACCCAGCUUCUUGGGUGCUGGUCAGUUACUACUGGGCCCAGGUUUCUGACGAGAAACCUCCACCCCUCCCAGUUUCCUGGAGGGGUGAACAGGACCUGCAUGCUAACUCCCUCUCUCCUGCCUGUGAAAGUGGCUGAAGGCCAGCACCCUGUGUUUAGGCUCAGUCAUCUUCACUGGGAGUGGAGGCCUUGGAGGGAAACUAAGGUAUAAGGGCACUGGCACUUCCUAGACUGGGUGGGGAGGGUGGAGGCUCGACUGUCCCUGAGGCCGUGAGGAGCCAAGUGUGCCCACCUGCAUGUGAAGGAGGAGGAUGGUUAUCACCUUCUUUCAAUAAAUACUUACCACACACCA